AUGGUUUCAUUAAAUACAAUUUUACCAAUAUUUUUAACAUUAUCAUCAUCAAUAUUAUCAUUCCAAUUAAUUUAUGAUAAAGAAGGAUAUGCAAUUUUACCACCAACAGAUGUUGUAUUAAAAGAAUUAAAAGAAUCUGGUAAAAAAGAUUCAACAAAUCAUUAUGAUGUUUUAACAACAAUUCAUAAAAAUGGAGAAAUUAUUCAUAUAAAUUUACAUUCUCAUGAUAUAAAACAAACUGGUAAAUAUAAAUAUGAUUAUGAUAAUUCAAUUUAUAAUGAUAACACUUCAGAGAGUGAAACUGCUGAAAAAAGAACAAUUGAAGAUUCAGAUUUAAAACAAUGUUUUAAUAAAGAUUUUGAGUUGGAAACUUCUCAAUGUGGUUUUAAAUUUAUUGGAUAUGAUGAUGCAACAAAUUGUGAUACCACCAAAUCAACAAAAUAUUCAUGUGUUUUAGAUGUUAUGAAACAACAAGAUGCUACUUUAAAAUUAAAAGAUAUGGAUGAUGUUCCUGCUCAAGUUAGAUGUUAUCAUAAAUUAUCUUUAGCUCAAUCUAAUGAAGUUGUUGGUGGUGCUUGUGCUGAUUAA